AUGCAACCCCCUCCGCAGUCAGGAUGUCAAAAAAGAUUUGAUGAUCACUCCUCUGUUCAAAAGCCAGAAAGAAAAAUGUAUCCCAAUCAUCCACCUUCUCAUGUCCAUCACAACAAUUAUUACCAGCAGAUUCCAUCACAACAACAACAACCUCUCGUGUACAAUAGUCCACAACACUAUCAACCCUCUCCACAACAACAACAACAGUUUGGAUCCACUCAAUAUCAGAACUACUACGGAAUCACUUCUCCUCCUCCUCCGAUGAUGAUGGAGAACUAUUCCCAGCAACCACAACAUCAACAACCCGUAGUAGUGAUGGGUGGAUCUUCCAUGCAAACUCAAUCAACACCCCUUAUGGGUUUGGGUUUGGGUUUGGGUUUGGGUUUGGGUUUGGGUUUGGGUUUGGGUUUGGGUUUGGGUUUGGGUUUGGGUUUGGGUUUGGGUUUGGGUUUGGGUUUGGGUUUGGGUUUGGGUUUGGGUUUGGGUUUGGGUUUGGGUUUGGGUUUGGGUUUGGGUUUGGGUUUGGGUUUGGGUUUGGGUUUGGGUUUGGGUUUGGGUUUGGGUUUGGGUUUGGGUUUGGGUUUGGGUUUGGGUUUGGGUUUGGGUUUGGGUUUGGGUUUGGGUUUGGGUUUGGGUUUGGGUUUGGGUUUGGGUUUGGGUUUGGGUUUGGGUUUGGGUUUGGGUUUGGGUUUGGGUUUGGGUUUGGGUUUGGGUUUGGGUUUGGGUUUGGGUUUGGGUUUGGGUUUGGGUUUGGGUUUGGGUUUGGGUUUGGGUUUGGGUUUGGGUUUGGGUUUGGGUUUGGGUUUGGGUUUGGGUUUGGGUUUGGGUUUGGGUUUGGGUUUGGGUUUGGGUUUGGGUUUGGGUUUGGGUUUGGGUUUGGGUUUGGGUUUGGGUUUGGGUUUGGGUUUGGGUUUGGGUUUGGGUUUGGGUUUGGGUUUGGGUUUGGGUUUGGGUUUGGGUUUGGGUUUGGGUUUGGGUUUGGGUUUGGGUUUGGGUUUGGGUUUGGGUUUGGGUUUGGGUUUGGGUUUGGGUUUGGGUUUGGGUUUGGGUUUGGGUUUGGGUUUGGGUUUGGGUUUGGGUUUGGGUUUGGGUUUGGGUUUGGGUUUGGGUUUGGGUUUGGGUUUGGGUUUGGGUUUGGGUUUGGGUUUGGGUUUGGGUUUGGGUUUGGGUUUGGGUUUGGGUUUGGGUUUGGGUUUGGGUUUGGGUUUGGGUUUGGGUUUGGGUUUGGGUUUGGGUUUGGGUUUGGGUUUGGGUUUGGGUUUGGGUUUGGGUUUGGGUUUGGGUUUGGGUUUGGGUUUGGGUUUGGGUUUGGGUUUGGGUUUGGGUUUGGGUUUGGGUUUGGGUUUGGGUUUGGGUUUGGGUUUGGGUUUGGGUUUGGGUUUGGGUUUGGGUUUGGGUUUGGGUUUGGGUUUGGGUUUGGGUUUGGGUUUGGGUUUGGGUUUGGGUUUGGGUUUGGGUUUGGGUUUGGGUUUGGGUUUGGGUUUGGGUUUGGGUUUGGGUUUGGGUUUGGGUUUGGGUUUGGGUUUGGGUUUGGGUUUGGGUUUGGGUUUGGGUUUGGGUUUGGGUUUGGGUUUGGGUUUGGGUUUGGGUUUGGGUUUGGGUUUGGGUUUGGGUUUGGGUUUGGGUUUGGGUUUGGGUUUGGGUUUGGGUUUGGGUUUGGGUUUGGGUUUGGGUUUGGGUUUGGGUUUGGGUUUGGGUUUGGGUUUGGGUUUGGGUUUGGGUUUGGGUUUGGGUUUGGGUUUGGGUUUGGGUUUGGGUUUGGGUUUGGGUUUGGGUUUGGGUUUGGGUUUGGGUUUGGGUUUGGGUUUGGGUUUGGGUUUGGGUUUGGGUUUGGGUUUAGGUUUAGGUUUGGGUUUGGGUUUGGGUUUAGGUUUGGUUUAG